AUGGGGAGUACUCGCGACGGAGAUGCAUCAGCCAUUGCUCUGCUGCUGCUGUGCGCUUGCUUUCUCACCUCCCUUGCAUGUGACAGCACAGAUGGUGCCAAGUUUGGGUACACCGGUCCUCUCGGCCCCGAUCACUGGGGGGGAUUGGACCCCAACUUCACGCAGUGCGCCAUGGGGACGUACCAGUCUCCGGUUGAUAUCAAGACCAGAGACGUGGUUUACAACCCGAUGUUGGGGCCUCUUCACAGGGAGUACACCGCCGCGAAUGCUACCCUCGUAGACAACAUCUUCAACAUCGCGCUGCGGUGCGAGGAUGCUGCUGGGACGGUGCAGAUCGACGGGGUGAAGUACAAGCUGGACAACAUCCAUUGGCACUCUCCUUCAGAGCACACCAUCAACGGCGAGAGGUUUGCGGUGGAGCAGCACAUGGUUCACUUCAGUGACGACGGCAACAUAUCCGUCGUGUCGAUCCUGUACCGGCUCGGCAGGCCAGACCCUUUCCUCAUGCAGCUGCAGGAUAAGCUAUCGGAGCUCUACGUGGAGGCCUGCAGGGCCGAGAAAGGCGCUCCCAUCCCCGCCGGAGUCGUCAACAUGUGGCCGCUGCGGCGUUACGCCAACAUGUACUACCGGUACGUCGGGUCGCUGACCACGCCGCCGUGCACCGAGAACGUCAUCUGGAACAUCCACGGCAGGGUGAGGGAGAUGACGUUGGGGCAGGCUGCCGCCCUGAUCGCGCCCCUGGAGGAGGGCUACCGGCGCAACAACAGGCCGACGCAGCCGCUCAACGGCCGCACCGUGCAGUUCUACCGCAGGUUCUGGAAGAAGAAGGGGAACGGGAAGCCGUAA